AUGAUAAACUCAAGUACACAUAUACGAACACAUAUCUAUCUAUCUAUCUAUCUAUCUAUCUAUCUAUCUAUCUAUCUAUCUAUCUAUCUCAGGCUUCUGUUCAAUAUCUAUCGAUCUAUCUCAGUCUGUUCAUUAUCUAUCCAGCUAUCUCAUUCUGUUCACUUCUAUCUAUCUAUCUAUAUAUCUAUCUAUCUAUCUCAGUCUGUUCAUUAUCUAUCGAUCUAUCUCAGUCUGUUCAUUAUCUAUCUAGCUAUCUAUCUCAUUCUAUUCACAUCUAUCUAUCUAUCUAUCUAUCUAUCUAUCUAUCGCAUUCUGUUUACAUCUAUCUAUCUAUCUAUCUAUCUAUCUAUCUAUCUAUCUAUCUAUCUAUCUGAAGCUGUUCAUUAUCUAUCGAUCUAUCCCAGUCUGUCCAUUAUCUAUCUAGCUAGCUAUCUCAUUCUGUUCACAUCUAUCUAUCUAUCUAUCUAUCUAUCUAUCUAUCUAUCUAUCUAUCUCAGUCUCUAUCUAUCUCAUUCUGUUCACAUCUAUCAUCUAUCUAUCUAUCUAUCUAUCUAUCUAUCUAUCUAUCGCAUUCUGUUUACACCUAUCUAUCUAUCUAUCUAUCUAUUCUGUUCAUUAUCUAUCUACCUAGCUAACUCAUUCUGUUCACAUCUAUCUAUCUAUCUAUCUAUCUAUCUAUCUAUCUAUCUAUCUAUCUCAUUCUUUCACAUCUAUCUAUUUAUCUAUCUAUCUGAUGAGCAUGAUACUUAUUUAAUAUAUUUCCAAUACUUACAUUUCAUUUUAAAAUUUUCCACACCACACCACUCCAAUCUAUCUAUCUAUCUAUCUAUCUAUCUAUCUAUCUCAGACAAUUCAUUGUCUAUUUAUCUAUCUAUCUAUGUCCCUCUGAAUACUACUAAUAAUCUCAUUCUAUAUCUUUUUCUCUCUCCCACUGUGUCCCAAUAUACUCCCAAUAUACCACUGAUAUUUUUGUCUGUCUAUCUAUCGAUCUAUCUAUCUAUCUAUCUACUCAGACUUCUAUCUAUCUAUCUCUCUUUCUCUUUCUCUCUCUCUCUAGAUAUAUAUAUGCCAGUCUGUUUAUUAUCUAUCUAUCUAUCUAUCUAUCUAUCUAUCUAUCCUCUGUUCACUAUCUAUCUAUCUAUUUCAGGCUUUUCACUAUCUUUCUAUCUGUCUGUCUCCAUGGUGCUAUCUAUCUAUCUAUCUAUCUAUUUUAGACUUUUCACUAUAUUUCUAUCUAUCUAUCUCCAUGGUGCAAUCUAUCUAUCUAUCUAUCUAUCUAUCUAUCUAUCUAUCUAUCUAUCUAUCUAUCUAUUUCAAACUUUUCACUAUCUAUCUAUCUAUCUAUCUAUCUAUCUAUCUAUCUAUUUCAGACUUUUCACUAUCUAUCUAUCUAUCUAUUCAUCUAUCUAUCUAUCUAUCUAUCUAUCUAUUUCAGACUUUUCACCAUCUAUCUAUCUAUCUAUCUAUCUAUCUAUUUCAGACUUUUCACUAUCUAUCUAUCUAUCUAUCUAUCUAUCUAUCUAUCUAUCUAUUUCAGACUUUUCACUAUCUAUCUAUCUAUCUAUCUAUCUAUCUAUCUAUCUAUUUCAGACUUUUCACUAUCUAUCUAUCUAUCUAUCUAUCUAUCUAUCUAUUUCAGACUUUUCACUAUCAUUCAUCUAUCUAUCUAUCUAUCUCUAUCUAUUUCAGACUUUUCACUCAUCUAUCUAUCUAUCUAUCUAUCUAUCUAUCUAUCUAUCUAUUUCAGACUUUUCACUAUCUAUCUAUCUAUCUAUCUAUCUAUCUAUCUAUCUAUCUAUCUAUUUCAGACUUUUCACUAUCUAUCUAUCUAUCUAUCUAUCUAUCUAUCUAUCUAUCUAUCUAUCUAUUUCAGACUUUUCACUAUCUAUCUAUCUAUCUAUCUAUCUAUCUAUCUAUCUCCAUGGUGCAAUGCUUGGUUUCAGUACGGUUAGUUUUUCUUACUUUCCUUUUACAAGUGACAAUUCUCUCUCUCUUUCUCUCUCUCUCUCAGAGGACACAAAUUUGAGUAUGUUGUCAAUGAUUGUUCUCCACACUUUCCUUUCUCUCUUUCUCUAUCACUUCACCUUACACUUUAUCCAUUUCAACAAACCUUUCGUUUAG